GUCAAGCUUUUUCGUGUUUACCUUUUGUUAAACAUUGUUUCACAGUGGUGUUUGGCAGACUUUUGAUACUGACGCAGAUGUGUUAAUAGCUUCCAUACACUUCAUUCUUAUUCACGCUGAACGAUAGAACGUAAGCAUCAGCACAUCCCCACAAAAUUAAGCCAUAAAAUACGUUUGCACGAAGUGCUAGCUUAAGUAAGCUAACACAGUAACAUCAGUGGUAUCUAUUUUAUGGCGUUCAAAACGUCAAUAGCCACGGUGAGUCUUACCGUAGUCAGCGUUGUCUCUGUAAGCGUUAUUGAGGCAAAAAGUACAUACAUAACAAAAACAGUUGACGUUGCCAUUUUGUAAUUCUGAGUCACCUACAACAGUUAGCAAGUAACCUACACACAAAAACAUUGAUAAGAAAUGCAUGCGCAUGCGCGUGAAACUGACAAACUGGCGUCCUAUCGCGAGAUCAACAAACGUCGGCAUGGCGGUCCUCCUUGAAACGACGUUGGGCGAUAUUGUGAUUGAUCUAUUCACGGAAGAGAGGCCGAAAACUUGCCUCAACUUUCUGAAAUUAUGCAAGAUAAAAUACUACAACUACUGUCUUAUCCACAAUGUACAGAGAGACUUCAUCGUCCAAACAGGUGACCCCACUGGUACAGGACGUGGUGGAGAAUCAAUCUAUUGCAAAUUGUACGGGGACCAGGCCUGUUAUUUUGAUGCAGAGAAAGCACCACGUAUUAAACACAGAAAAAAGGGGACAGUGUCCAUGGUUAACAAUGGGAGUGACCAGCACGGUUCACAGUUCCUUAUUACCGCUGCAGAGAACCUGGACUACCUGGAUGGCGUCCAUACUGUUUUUGGUGAGGUUUCGGAGGGUUUGGACGUCUUGGCUAAAAUCAAUGAGACUUUUGUCGAUACAGACUUUGUCCCGUUUCAGGAUAUCAGGAUAAACCACACAGUUAUCCUUGAUGACCCGUUUGACGACCCUCCCGAUCUACCAGUGCCCGAUCGAUCCCCUGAUCCCACCCUUGAGCAGCUAGAUAGUGGCCGUAUCGGAGCAGAUGAAGUCAUAGAUGAUGCAGACGGGAAAGCAGCUGAGGAAGUGGAGGAGAGGCUAAAUGCAAAAGAAGCCAAAACUCGAGCUAUCCUCCUGGAGAUGGUGGGCGACCUCCCCGAUGCAGACAUAAAGCCUCCAGAGAAUGUGCUGUUUGUAUGCAAACUGAACCCGGUCACCACCGACGAAGACCUGGAAAUCAUCUUUUCCCGCUUCGGACACAUUAAAAGCUGUGAGAUCAUUCGAGACUGGAAAAGCGGAGACUCCCUCUGCUAUGCUUUCAUUGAAUUUGAAAAGCAAGAAGACUGCGAAAAGGCCUAUUUCAAAAUGGACAACGUGCUCAUCGACGACAGACGCAUUCAUGUAGACUUCAGCCAGUCGGUGGCAAAGAUCCAAUGGAAAGGAAAAGGUGGGAAGUACACCAAGGAGGACUUCAAGGCCUAUGAGAAUGACUUGGAGAAGCGAUCCAAAUUGGCGCUGAAGGAUCAAGUAAAGCCCAAACAAGAUUCCAGAUAUGAUCUGCUCAUGGAGGAGGAAGCGACAGGCCAUCGACGCUCUGAGAAAAAACACAAAGACAAGAGACAUCAUCAUCACAGUCAUUCAGAUGAUGAGGAAGAGACAAGGAAGUCCAAAAAACACAAAGACAGCGAGGACAGCCGACGAGACAGGAAAACCGUCCGCCAGCGCUCACGCUCCAGAGACCGAGACCACAAGCACAAGUCUUCGGACAAAUAUCGUAGAGAUAGCCGAGACAGAGGUCGCAGAAGUCGCAGCCACUCGCCCAGGAAGUCCAAGACGGACAAAGAUAGAAGCAGAUACAGGUGAAGGACGUGUUGUCCACAUUUGAUAGCAUCAAGACAUCAAUUCCACUCUCUUAGCUGCUUGUCAUGCUUUUUCUAGAACACACACUUUAUUUUUUUUAACCCAAAAAAUAUUGGAACAUCAGGCCAUUGCCUCCAAGGAACCAAAAAUGAAAGACAACGCUGAAACUCAUCUAAACAUGCCUGCAUGCAACUUACUUUGUGCACUUGGGUCACUCAUGCUGGGACAGGAGGGCACCUUCCCACGAAGGUGGAAACAUUCCAGUGUACUGUUUAGUUGACAGUGUAGUAUCCUUAAUAAAGUAGUCUGUAAAGGAAUAAUAUGAAAUUUUAGUAUCUCUGACCAUCUGGCAUUAGCCUUCAUGUGAUGUGAAAGUACUGAAAGCUAAAAUCUUGCCUGGGCGAUAGUCAGUUAUGCAAGUGUACAUGCAUACAGUGUACAACGGGGGUCUCAAACUCGAUUUACCUGGGGGCCCUCGGAGCUAGGUUCUGGGUGAAGCCGGGCCGCAUCAGGUUUUCAAAAAAAAAACGCAUUUAUUAAAAACUGGAAAAAAAUCCAUUAAAAACUAUCUUCAAUGCUUUUGCUUCUGUUAUAUCCUACACUUCUUCAGUACUUUGGUUUCGGUUUUCCACACCAAAAUAUCUGAUAAAACAUUCUACUGUUCUCAAAUAUCUUAAUUUUUAUUUUUCUAUACACAAAAUAAGAUAAAAUAAUAAACAAAUUAAGAAUAAAGACAAUAAAUCAAUCAAUCAGUAAUAAAUAAGUAAAAUAAUACAACAGCAAAUAAGAAAAACGUAAGAAACCACAUACAGUUGGUCGAGAAAUUAUUUUUUUCAGAUUCAAAUGUACAGUAUUAAGUUAUUUAACCUUUAACAUGAGCAUUAAUGAAACUUAAUAAUUUGACCCAAUUAGCAAGUUAGCAUCGCACUCAGUUCCAUCUGGGAGCAGCGUCAUAACUUUAACAAUGCUUUAUCUUGACGUGUAUUUUCUGUUUUAUUCCAAAUCAUUUCCUGCAUGUAUUUGUACCCAGCAUCAUAAGCCUUUAGCUUCAUUGCUAAUCCAAAGCAAAACAGGGUGGGGUAACAGGGUAAGGUAACAGUAUGGGCGAGGCAAAAUCAUGUUAAUUGUAUCCGGUGUGCACAAAGCUUUAAGGUGUCAUUUCAACAUUAAACUUUGGUAUCAAGGUGGGGGCCUCAAUCUAGCGUCUCAUGGGCCGCAAGUUUGAGACCCCUGGUGUACAACAUGCACUGUUAAACAGAGCCGUGUUGACAUAUUCCUAGUCUGGUAACACACACAGCCAAUAAAGCUGAUGCUUGCC